AACAGGCGAAUCGUUAGUAUGCUCAACUGAAACGAUACUGUUCCUUUACAGUAUACUAAAAUGAAAUAAUAGUAUAUACUCAUUAAGUAUGUUGUAUACAGUAUGUUAUUAUGGGUAUUCAAACACCGCUCAAGACCAUAGUUUGUCAAGAACAGCUCAAAUAGGCAAAGAGAAACAAUAGUCCAUCAUUACUUUAAGACAUGAAGGUCAGUCAAUCGGGAAGAUUUCAAGAACUUUGGAAGUUUCUUCAAGUGCAGUCACAAAAACCAUCAAGCUUUAUGAUGAAACUGGCUCUCAUGAGGAUCGCCACAGGAAAGGAAGACCCAGAGUUACCUCUGCUGCAGAAGAUAAGUUCAAAUCAAAGUUUAUUUGUCACGUGUGCCGAAUACAACAGGUGUAGACCUUACAGUGAAAUGUUUACUAACCAAUAGUGCGGAAAAAUUAAAAAUAGAUUAAAAAAGGUGUGUGUGUAGGUAAGUAAAGAAAUAAAACAACAGUAAAAAGACAUUUGAAAAUAACAGUUGCAAGGCUAUAUACAGACACCUGUUAGUCAGGCUUAUUGAGGUAGUAUGUGCAUGUAGGUAUGGUUUAAGUGACUAUGCAUAUAUGAUGAACAGAGAGUAGCAGUAGCGUAAAAAGAGGGGUUGGCUGGUGGUGGGACACAAUGCAGAUAGCCCGGUUAGCCAAUGUGCGGGAGCACUGGUUAGUCUGGCCAAUUGAGGUAGUAUGUACAUGAAUGUAUAGUUAAAGUGACUAUGCAUAUAUGAUAAACAAAGAGUAUCAGCAGCGUAAAACAGGGGUUCACAGAAUUCAAGUAACAGACACAUCUCAACAUCCACUGUUCAGAGGAGACUGUGUGAAUCAGGCCUGCAUGGUCAAAUUGUUGGAAAGAAACGACUACUAAAGGACACCAAUAAUAAGAAGAGACUUGCUUGGGCCAAGAAACACGAGCAUUGGACAUUAGACCAGUGGAAAUCUGUCCUUUGGUCUGAUGAAUCCAAGUUUGAGAUUUUUGGUUCCACCCGCCGUGUCUUUGUGAGACGCAGAGUAGAUGAACGUAUGAUCUUUGCAUGUGUGGUUCCCACGGUGAAGCAUGGAGGAAUAGGUGUGAUGGUGUGGGGGUACUUUGCUGGUGGUACUGUCAGUGAUUUAUUUAGAAUUCAAGGCACACUUAACCAGCGUGGCUACUACAGCAUUCUGCAGUGAUACGUCAUCCCAUCUGGUUUGCGCUUGGGUGGGACUGUCAUUUGUUUUUCAACAGGACAAUGACGCAAAGCACACCUCCAGGCUGUGUAAGGGCUAUUUGACCAAGCAGAGUGAUGGAGUGCUGCAUCAGAUGACCUGACCCCCACAAUCACCUGACCUCAACCCAAUUGAGAUGUUUUGGGAUGAGUUGGACCGCAGUGCUCAGCAUAUGUGGGAACUCCUUCAAGACUGUUAGAAAAGCAUUCCUCGUGAAGCUGGUUGAGAGAAUGCCAAGAGUGUGCAAAGCUGUCAACAAGGCAAAUUGUGGCUUCUUUGAAGAAUAUAUCAUAUAUUUUGAUUUGUUUAACACUUUUUUCAUUACUGAAUGAUUCCAUGUGUUAUUUCAUAGUAUUCUACAAUGCAGAAAAUAGUAAAAAUAAAGAAAAACCCUUGAAUGAGUAGGUGUGUCUAAACUUUUGACUGGUACUGUAUUACUAGAAGAAGAACAAGUCACUUGUCAUUGAUUUAUUACAUAUACAGUAAAGUUCAUAACAGUUUGUAGACUGUAGAGCUCUUCAUCUGUGUAAAUUAGUUUACAAAGCGAUGAAGAGUGUUUUUAUACUGGUUGUCUACUCAUGACAGGCCACGUUUUUACAAUUUAUAUUUCACUCAUGACAUCUACUACAUCUACUACUUUCACAAUGCCUCUUACCAUGACUAUUUAUACCUAUGGCCUGCCUCUUGAAACAUGCUCCGACCAUUUGUGCCAAGUGAAGUCUUUGGCACAAAUGGUCGGUCUUGGGCAUCAGUAUAGAAUGAUGGACAGAUCCAGGUUCUAGUUGCAGAUCCAGGUUCUAGUUGCAGAUCCAGGUUCUAGAAGCAAAUCCAGGUUCUAGUAGAGGAUUAAGAGUUAAAUGGAAUACAGGUGUGAGUGCAGUCCUAGUUCACUGAAAGAAAGUAUCUUCUCUUCCAUCUAUUCUCUGCCUUUCAUCCACUAGUCUUUCUCACCUUCCCCCAUGUGUGUGCUUACUGUCGUUUUGACAGUGUAUAGGUCUCAAGUGUCAGUCUACAUGAUGUGACCAGUAAACUGUUAUGAUGAAAGAAUGGAAAGUUGUCCACACUUUUUUAUUGAUGUGGAUAUAAAGUCCCUCCACCCCUCUCUUUUACGCCCUCUCUCUCUCUUGUUCUCUCUCGCUCCCUCUCUCUGUCUCAAGCACACACACACUAAAACAUUCACAUUUAGAACACAUCUUACUGACAGCAAGUGUGACGUUACUGAUAACAAGCACUGUAAAAGUCUCCACUGAUGUGCCAACAAGCUUGCUAACAGACCCCAUCCCGCUGGCAGCAUUAGCAGAUCUACUAUAACUAUUGCAAUCAGUCGUGUUUGCUGUGUGAAAGGUUUAUGUAAAAAAAAAAUCACUUUAAUAAAUUAGGAAGUGGGAGUAGGAUGAAUGGGAGUAAUUUAUUAAACAGGUGAGGGCUUUUGGGUGUGAAAGCUGUUGAUAAUUCCUGCUAGACUAGCAUAAAGGAAAUUUGAUUUAAAAAAAAGUCGCAAGCAGCACAAGCUAAUGACUGAUAAGUUUUACAACAUGACUGCAGCAUGACAUAAUUAACAGGUCAAAGGUAGGGUCCUAAACACAUUGAGCAGGUCGUUCAUAUGAAAUGAUAUUAUGCACUACAGCCCUUACAAUGUUUGUUUUUUCUAUCAGAUUUAUUUGACACGGCAUGUAGAUUUUUGAGAAAUUAGAGACUCACUGACGCUAUACACGUCAAAUUGACUUACUACUCCCUCUCAGCUCUACCUCUGAGUUCAUUCUGUCCCGAAGCUGCUGUUGACUACGCGUCUCUAACUGUCUCUGUCCCCCUAUACCCAAACCCCCCUGCCCCCCCUGGAAAGCUGGUCCAGGAAGACAGGAGGCAGUACAGAGGUGGUGCAGUCCUGUGAUGAAAGGGGCCUCCCCAUUUGAGGGGCCUAUCAGGAGCCGCUCAUAACCCUAGCUCAAAACUGCGCUCUCAUUCACAACAUUAUGGGGCCCACCUGCAUCUUCCUGCUCAAGAGCCAGGCUGAUAUCAGGCAGGCUGACAGAGACCUGAGGCCAGAGGAGAUUGAUGAGUUGCGGGAUGCUUUUAAGGAGUUUGAUAAGGACAAAGAUGGUUUCAUCAGCUGUAAAGACCUGGGAAACUGUAUGAGAACCAUGGGAUACAUGCCUACUGAAAUGGAGUUGAUAGAACUGAGCCAACAGAUCAACAUGAAUUUGGGAGGUCAUGUUGACUUUGAGGAUUUUGUGGAGUUGAUGGGCCCCAAACUUCUCGCUGAAACUGCAGAUAUGAUUGGUGUAAAAGAACUGAGAGAUGCCUUCAAAGAGUUUGACACCAAUGGUGAUGGAGCGAUAAGCACAUCUGAGCUGAGAGAAGCCAUGAGGAAGUUGCUGGGACAACAGGUUGGCCACAAGGACUUAGAAGAUAUCCUGAGGGACAUCGACUUGAAUGGUGAUGGGCAUGUUGACUUUGAAGAGUUUGUACGAAUGAUGUCCCGCUGAGAGGAGGAAUGGUCGAUAUGGCUUCAAGUUAAUUAUUCUGAAUGUGAACCUCAGCCCCUUUGUCAUCAUCAUUGAAUGAGCAAAACGGAGUAAAUACUUGGACCUCUGAGCUAUCUUUUCCUGAGAAAAACUGGAAUUAAAGACCUUACCUCUAAGUAGAAACGGAAGACCACAGUACUGCUCAAAAUAGUGUUCUUCCCUAAAAGCCCCACAUUCCAACUUAGACAGGUUCUACUGUAGCUACAGACUGACCCGCUAAUGGUUUCCACACUAUUAACCUUCCACGAACUGUAUACACUUGUGUGUAGCCUGCUGUUUAGGCAAGUUUUGUUUCUCAACCUUUAAAUGGCAAUAUUACUUGUGACUACUGAUAUGUUCUUCAAGUUUGAGUAAUAGAGUGAGAAAAGCAGAGUCUUAUUUGUGUGUGUGUUUGUCACUGUGAUCUUUUGUGAGGUGAUCACUGUGUUUACCCAGCACCAUAAAAGCACCAGAUCCUCUCUAAUGCACUGGGUUUAUGGGACAAGCAACAGCUAAGAGGACCUCAGCAAACAAGCUUUCCCAGAUCUGGAAAAUAGUAGCUUUUCUUCACAUUUGUGUGCAGUGCAUAAACAUGAUGGUUUAUGUGUACAGUAUCUUGUCUGUCUGUCUGUCUGUCUGUCUGUCUGUCUGUCUGUCUGUCUGUCUGUCUGUCUGUCUGUCUGUCUGUCUAUCUGUACAGUUUGACAAGUAAAUUGCAGAGUCCUAGUUUGUCAUUGUGCUGUUUUUAUGCAUGCCAGAGACAAACCUAAUUUUAAAUAUAGUAUUAUCUGUAUGGGUGUGACAGUAAAUGUAAUACAUUGUCUAAUGUAUAUAGUAGGCCACGCAAUCUACUAAAAAUAAAUGUCUACUUGUGAA